AUGGAUCUAUCUAAGAUAAUACAGAUGAGAGACGCUCAAAAGGCAGUUAUUUCGAGACAUUUAGAGAAAUUAGAGGCUUCAGUGGACAACGAAGAACAGUUUCAUACAGUACUUAACGUUUUGCAGACUAAGGUGAAGUUAAUAGAGGAUGUUAACGAGAAGAUUUUAUCCCAGACUGAUGAAGAUGAUUAUGAAGCUGAGAUGCUAGAAACCGAAGAUUACAUGCUGCAUCUCAAGAUUCGAAUCCGGAACCUGGAGGCACAACUGAGACAACAGACCAAAGACCAUUUACCGCCACCAUUGCUCAAUCCCGUAGAUUUGCCACAAUAUGAGCAGCCUAGGAACAGUACGAACAGUGCAACCACCGCAGAUCGUUCAGGAAAUAGUACCGACAGCACUUCCGGCAGAGAAGUAAGUAACAUUUCUAUACAAUCAAACCAGUCUUCACAGUUUCAUAAAUUACCAAAGCUGAAACUCCCAAUAUUUACCGGAAAUAUCUUGGAAUGGCAGACAUUUUGGGAUUCGUUCGAAUCGAGUAUUCAUAACAACGAAUCAUUAUCAGACGUCCAGAAAUUCAGCUACCUUAGGUCCUUAUUAUCAGAUGAUGCAGCCAGAGUGAUCGAGGGAUUCCAGCUGACCCAUUCUAACUACAUGCAAGCAAUUGAAUUGUUGCGUGAACGUUUCGGACAGGAACACAAAAUCGUAAAUGCAUACAUGCAAGGCCUACUCGAGCUAAAACGUCCAACAUGUAAUAUCCUAAGAACAUUUCAGGAGAAAAUGGAGUCAUAUAUUAGAGGGUUACAGUCACUUGGGCAGUGCCAAGAUUCGUAUGGAAAUCUUCUGGUUCCCGUGAUAAUAGAGAAGCUUCCAACUGAAAUCAUUAGAAAUAUGACACGUGAACAUGGCAGCAGUAACUGGCAACUUCCGGAACUAAGACAGGCAUUGAAGAAAGCAAUCAACAUUCUAGAGUCAGGGCAGCCGACACAUUCACCGGAAUGUCAUAACGCUACAACUUCAUUCUUCACCGGAACGAGACCAAAUCCCACGAGCACGCGCAAACAUCAGACGACAAUUUCAGAAAGAUCAAAACGCCUAAGAUGCCCAUUCUGUGCCGAUCAUCACUUUGCUUGUGACUACAAGAAGGUAACGCAAACUCUUGAUCGCAAAAAUAUUGUUAAAAAGAAACAAUUAUGUUUUAAUUGUUUAGGGAGCCACAGGGUUGCUGCAUGCAGAUCUAACCAUCGAUGUCGUAUUUGUAGCCGAAAACACCAUACAAGUAUAUGUGAUCAACAAGAUAAGCAAACAGCCCCACACAGAAACUUGAAUGCUACUGUCCCAAGCUUUACCACAGCUCCUACCCCCGCAUACACAAAUAUGAACGCUACAGCCCCAGGAUUCACCCCAGCCCCUACUUCCGUCAACAGAGAUAAUGUUAUAUCCGGUUCUAGUGGACAGUCCGCUAUACUCCAUUCUACUACGCAAUCAAGACCAAGUGUUUUAUUGAAGACCGCUGUUGCCAAGGUAACGUCUGACGGCAACUGUACAGAUGCUAAUAUAUUGUUCGACGAGGGCGCAAAGAGAUCAUUUAUUACAGAGGAACAAGCAGACAAACUUCAACUUAGCCGAAAUGGCACAGAGGUCGUACAGCUUGCAGCGUUUGGGUCGUCUUCGAUGAAAGUCAGCCAUAAAAAUAAAGCAACCGUGUAUUUGUUGACUGAUAACAAAGAGAGGAUAGAGAUAGAUGUUCUCAUAGUACCAACCAUUGCUGUACCAUUGAGAAACUUACAUCGUACCACAUCAGCACUUCCGUAUCUUAGAGGGCUUAAACUUGCACAUCCUGUUACAGAAGAUGAAACAUUCAACAUAUCGCUAUUGAUUGGUGCUGACAAAUACUGGGAGAUCGUUGGAAACCGAGUAGUCCGAGGCAACGGUCCGACUGCGGUCCAGUCUAAGAUAGGAUACCUACUGUCCGGACCACUUCCGAUACAAUCAACAGAUUCGGCUACAGAUUACAUCAUGAACCUCAUUACAUCCCCGCCAGAUGUGUCAGACUUAGAGAGAUUCUGGAAGUUAGAAUCAUUAGGUAUCAGCCAUGAAAAAGACGAGAGAACUACUUCUGACUAUCUUACGACCUAUCAGAUGAACUCAAUUGAAUUCAAGGACGGUCAUUACUCAGCGAAGUUACCAUGGAAACGUGAGCAUCAACCAUUACCCGACAACUACAACAUCACAGUAAGACGAACAGAGAACACAAUCCGGCGACUUCGUGAAGACCCUGAUAUGUUGCAGAAAUACGGCAAGAUAAUUGCAGACCAAGAGAAACGAGGUUUCGUAGAAAGAGUUGUAAUUGACUAUACCCAGAACCAGAUACACUAUAUCCCACAUCACGCCGUGAAGAAAGAUUCGGCUACUACGCCUAUCCGAAUAGUAUUUGAUUGUAGCUGUCGACAGAACAAAGAUUCCCCUAGUCUGAACGACUGUUUAGAAUCUAAUCCCCCAGAGCUCAACGACUUGACUGGUAUCCUUAUGAGAUUUCGCCUACAUAGAUUUGCCGUAUGCACCGAUAUUGAAAAGGCGUUCCUGCACGUGCAACUAGACGAGAAAGACCGUGACGUAACGAGAUUCCUGUGGUUGAGCGACAGUAACAAUCCAUAUAGCAGUUUGGUGACUUACAGGUUCAAAUCCGUUCUAUUUGGCGCUACUUGUUCACCAUUCAUUUUGCACGCGACACUUAUGAAACACCUCGAUAAAAAUGAACACGUCUGGAUGAGUGAAACCUUGAGGAAGGACUUGUAUGUGGACAAUGUUAUUUCCAGUUUUCCAGAUGAGAGUACCGUAGCAGACUACUUCCGUGAUACACGUGAUCUGAUGUCGUCUGCUGGCUUUAAUUUACGUUCCUGGAACUCCAACAGCAAUCGUCUGCGAGGUCUUGCUGAAGCCGAAGGUGUGCUUGACUCUGAUAAGGUCACGAAGAUUCUUGGCAUGCGAUGGGAUCCUAUUACAGACCAGCUAUCCGUGGCACAAAAGAACAUUCCUACGUUUGAUUCCAUGACAAAACGGUCCAUACUUCAAGUAACAGCAAAGCUAUAUGACCCACUUGGUGUCUUCAGUCCAUUAACGAUUAGAGCCAAAAUUCUUCUGCAAGAUAUAUGGAAACAGAAAUAUGACUGGGAUGUUCCCCUCCCUGAAGACAUACAAAUUCAAUGGUAUCAUUUAGCAGAAGACCUAAACUGUUCGGUUGUGACAAGAUUCCCGAGGUACUACUUUAAUGAAGCAGACGACACAAGUACUUCCGGUAUAGCAGAAGAUGUAUCCCUUCACGUAUUUUGUGAUGCCAGUCUACAUGCAUAUGGAUCAGUGGUCUACAUAUCUCGAGGAAAGAAGUCUACAUUUGUUAUGGCGAGAUCGCGGGUUGCGCCACUGAAACAGUUGACCCUACCAAAACUCGAACUCAUGGCGGCAGUGAUCGGAGCCCGUCUAUUGACACACAUUCUUCAUUCAAUACCAGCGAAGAAAGUCUACAUGUGGUCUGACAGCCAGAUAAUCCUCCAUUGGUUAGUAUCGAAGCGAAAGUUGACAACGUUGGUCGAGAACAGAGUAGCAGAGAUUCAAGAGCUUACGGAAAACCGGAAGUGGAGGUAUUGCCCAACACAUCAAAACCCAGCUGACCUGUUAACACGAGGAAUCUCAGCCAUAGAGUUCCAGAACAAUAAGUUAUGGUUGAAUGGACCUGAAUGGCUUACUGACCAGAGUAUGUGGCCAAGCUGGCAAGUUGACGAGAACGCUGUAUUGCUCAUUACGAUCGAUGAACAAGGGAACGACAGGAAUAGCAGCCCCUUUAAUCCAACUCAGUCCCUGUACGGCAUUCACAAUGUCAUCGACAUCAACAAGUUUAGCCGAUACAAAACUCUACUCAGAGUGACAGCAUAUGUCAAAAGAUUUAUAAACAGAUGCAAGUCCAGACACAGAUCUAUGAGAAAAUGUCCGUCCAAACUCGAACCUUUGACCGUGCUAGAACUACAAGAAGCUAGCAGAAUGUGGUUGCAUAGCUGCCAGUCAACAUAUUACGAAGCCGAAAUUACAAACCUUAAGUCCAACGAGAAACGUCUCACACUCGUGAAACAGUUUCGAUUAUUCCUUGACGAAGAUGGAUACAUUCGCUGCGGUGGGAGAAUCCACAAUGCACUACUGACAGAAUUAACGAAAUUCCCGUACCUACUCCCGAACAAACACCCCCUGACGCGUUUGAUAGUUUUAGACGCGCAUGAGACCCAGCUACACGCCGGCACGAGUGCCUUGAUCACACAUUUAAGACAAAGAUACUGGAUACCUGCUCUCAGACAGUACGUCCAGAGCCUUCUGCGAAAGUGUACCCAGUGUCAAAAGGUUAUAGGAAGACGGUAUGCAGCCCCAGACCCCCCGCCCCUACCUAAGAUGAGAGUUCAAGACGCACCCCCUUUUACAGUAACUGGAGUCGAUUUCACGGGGGCGCUUUAUGUUAGAACAGAAACGAUGCUGAGAAGAAAGCCUACAUUUGCCUCUUCACGUGCGCUUCUACACGAGCUGUUCAUCUCGAGGUGGUACCAGAUUUAUCUGAGACGAUUUACCUGCCGAAAUUCACUACCCCGUAUCCUGGUAUCUGACAAUGCAACUACCUUUAACGCAGCAGCCAACAGCAUUCAGCUAUUAUUGAGAUCAGCGACUAUCCAAGAUACUUUCCAUAGCCAAGGCACCGAGUGGAGAUUCAUACCUAAGCGAGCACCAUGGUUCGGUGGAUGGUGGGAACGGAUGAUUGGACUAAUGAAAACCACCAUUAAAAAGGUACUAGGUCGUGCAUUUGUCAGCUACGAAAGCUUACGUACGAUCGUUACAGAGAUAGAGGGAGUCAUGAAUGACCGACCGCUUACCUACGUCACAACUGAUGCAGCUGAUCCGGAUCCACUUACGCCAGCGCACCUGCUCAACGGACGUCGUAUUACAUCCCUUCCGCAUCUAGAAGAAGUUCCUGCACCCCAACCCUCUACACAAACGGACAUAUCCAAACUUGCAAGGAUACUGAAACAACUGAUCGGCAACUUCCGUGAACGAUGGCGACAUGAAUACCUGACGUCAUUACGCCAAUACCACCGGACGACAGGAAACAACACACAGACUAUAAAGGUUGGCGAUGUGGUGCAGAUAUACGAUGACUCACCAAGGACUCAUUGGAAACUUGGAACUAUAGAGCAGCUCAUCACCGGAAACGACGGUCUUACACGUGCGGCGACGUUACGCCUGAGUAAUGGACUUAUAACAUCCAGACCCAUUGUGAAACUCUACCCCUUGGAAGUAAGAUAG